GGAUGGCAUCACAAGCUGUAUCAAAGGGUUCCAAGCGAAUAAAAUUAUCGCCAAACUCCGAUGAGAAAGAUGAUGUAAACAGUUGUACUACUGGCGAACAGGGUCAAUCAUCAGUUGACAUGGCUUUGGAUAAAAAAACAGUCGAAUCCAGCGACGAGCAAAACUCAAAGUGAGUAAAAUUUAUUCUUCCCUCAAAAAUAAUACUGUGGAACAAUUUUGUAUUCCUUGAAAUCGAAUUGAGGAAUCUAACGCUAUGAUGAUGAGGAAAUGUGGUUUGCACGAUCUUACCGGUAUACACGUGUUGUAAUGAAAAGGUGUCUUGUCGAAUACUUGAUGAAUUUUUUUUUGAUUUGCUGUCGAAUGUAUGGCUUCAUAAUUCCUUUGCUUAAUGAACAUCUUCCACUCGAGUUCGUCUUUGUGCUGCCUUAAUCUUAACGUCACACCUGCAACACGAGCCAACAUACUGAGUAAUUCCUUUAAUCGCGUCUUGACAAAGCCUUUUUCUUAAGAAUAUUGAAGAUCGACCCUUGCUGUGGAUAGUUAUAUCUUCUGUCAUGUCAUUUUUCAUUUAAGGAUGGAACACGUAGGAACGGAAUUUGAAAUAGAAAUCUCUUAUCGUUUCAGAUUAAUCGUGCUCUACUCAUUUAUGACAUUUAAAAGGGUUUCAAGUCGUUUCCUUUCAAAGAUCCUCAUCUCGGUGGUCUUUUGUCUUUUUAAAAUGCUUGUCUGAAUUUCUGAGUCAUUCAUCACAUCCUGAAAAGAUGAUUCGUUUUCCGUUAAAUUACAGUGUUAAAGCAUAAAAACAGAUGCCAGUCUUGUCCAAUGUCAAUUAAUUGUGCAUCACAUCACAGCUUUUCUUGUAUGUUCCUCGCAUUUUUCUUUUUGAGGGACUUUGUAAAGUUUCAAAUACAUGUAGAAUUCAUUUUCUCUGGCUUCUAAUCUCACACCAAAACCACGUUCCAGUUAUCAGUGGUUACAGUUUGGUUGUUGCAAGAGUUAACCACUAUACUCAAUCUUUUCUGUGCUCCAAAUAGGUAAUUGAAAGUUUCAAAUUUGACACAGCCAUAUGUAACUGGUCUCUAUUAAAUAGCUCAUAGAUUAUGUUUUGGGUUCGAAUGUUAGAUGAAAGUAGUGUAGUCUACAAUUAGGAAAAAGAAAUGCUUAGUUUGAUAACUCAGAAUUUGGGUAUUUUUAUUUAUCUUUAUUUUUAAGCUCUCAUUUGUAUAUCAGUUCAUAAUUUCUUACUUGUUGAAUGUUAGGGUACCAUAUGUCAAACUUUGAACUGAACUGUCAAUUUUCAAGGCUGUGUUUGAUUGUUUGAACUCAACUUAGUCUAAAGUUCCAAAGGGCUUUAGGUUCAGGUAUCUUUGUUAUUGUACAACUGUGUACUUAUGCCACUGAGCAACUGCUACAAGUUGAAGUAAGAGAUUAUAUUCAUAUAUAUUCUCAAUGUUCUGUUACAUUUACCUUUUUUGGACCGUUUUGUCAUGCAUGUAUGUGUUUUGAGAUCUUUGCACUAGUUAAUACAAAAUUAUCUUCCGUGACUUUGUGUUGAGAACCUCACUUGUAACCCUCACUUGUAAUUCAAUGAAAGCUUUAAUAUCAAAACCACAAACAUGAUAUUUUGCAAGGAAUUUUGCUUUGAACUAUGAAAAUUUGUAUAGAAGUAAAGCUGAGUGAAAAUUUAUUUGGAACACUAUGAACUAAAUGAAUCUUAAACUAGUACUUAAAUUAGCUAGUUGGCAAGGAAACUGAGCAAAUUCUAAAGUAACCCCUUAGAUAAAAAGAAGUAGUUUAACAAAGAACAGAUUUGUAUAGUGAGCUUUAUGAAGGACUUGUGUAAUAUUAGCCCAUGGACUUCAAUAUUUUGGAGCCUUUUAAGAAGGAUAACUAUCAGCAUGCUAAACAGCUAGUUUGAAUUUUUAAAUAUAUGCUCAUCCAUGCAAAAAUGGUACUGUUUUCUUUUGGCAGGUCAACAAAGAAAGACAGUGAACUAGUUGUAAUAUCAUCUUCGUCAUCUGAUGAUGAUUCAGACAAGGAACUUAAGACAGACACUGUGGAACCUGUUGUAAAAAAGGAGGAGGCAGAAACAUUCCCUGAUGUUGUAAAAAGCAAAUUGCAAGUGAAUCAAACAGAAUCCCUUGAACAGGAUUCUAAACAAAUUAAGGUUGCUACAGAGCCAAAAGUAGAAAGGAAGGAUUCAGACUUGGAUGAGUGUAUCUCCCAGGAGGAUCUCCUAGCACAGUUGGGUUUGAGUUCUGUGAAAGAACUUAACAAAAAGGAGACAAGCAACAUGGAGAAUAGCACACCAUCUGCAAAUGCAAAUGGGGUUGAGAGAAAACCUUUGAUAUCCCACAGAGCUAAGGAAAGUAUUGUUGAAUUCUUGAAAAUACCAAAGCUAUCCUCUUUGGACAGCAGGAAAAAGAACAAUGGUGAGGUCAAGGGUGAUGUCAAAAUCACUAAUGGUAAUACUAGUGAUGGCUCAAGGCCAGAUUCCCCUCUGUCUGAUGAAAAUGAUGAUGAUCUUCAAGCUAAAGAAAAAUUGAUUGCACACCUUAGAAAUGAACUGAAGCAAGAAGAAGCCAAACUUCUCUUGUUGAAACAACUACAUGCUGCACAAAAUGAUGUCAAAGGUAGCUCCAAAUUUCAAAAAGAAAAUGUGGAGAAGGUACAGACACAAGGAGCCUCUUCCCAACCUGCGAAGUCCUCUAUGCAGCUUCCACCUAAAAAAGGUCAGAAUCUUCCUCCCCCACCGCCUUUGAAGGCCUCAACAGUACUAGCCACUUCUACUUUCCAUCCACCCAGGGAUGUUCCAGGACAGCCAAGGCUGCUUCCAAAAGGAAGUAGUAAUGCUCAAUCACAGUCCUCAAACUCUGGAUCUUCAAAAUUUUUAGGUCCUGCAGCCCAGACCCUGAAAGAGUUUGCAGUGCAGCAGUCCAUUCAUCAACAUUCAACUCAGUCACAUUCAAAACCUGGAUCAUCUGCAAUUGCAGAUCUGCAAAAUGUUGUCACCUGCAUGGCAAAUCUAAUUCAGCCUACUCCUCUGUACCCCCACAGUGGAGGCAGAGGCAGUCCAGCAUAUUCUGCAGCAAAUCAGCCUGCCCCUGUCCGCCCUACCCCUGUCAGAGCCAACAAUGUUAGCAGCCUCCCAGCCAGCAGUGGAUAUGUGUCAUUUCAGCAUCACUUGCCAAGUAGUUCUCAUCAGCAAAGUCCAGGUGGGAAACAAGCUGCAGCCAAGAUGGCACUACGAAAGCAGUUGGAAAGGACACUGCUUCAGAUACCACCACCAAAGCCACCUCCUCCUGAAUGGUCAUUUAUUCCAAGCCUUGGCAGCCAAGACUUCAUGCUUUUGGUUGGGCUUGAGUCUGUGGUGGAUGUUAUGGCUGCUAAAGAAGCCAAGGGAAAACAUAAUGUUCCAUUGCGAGAGCAAUUGAUAAACCCCAAAGUUUGUUCACGUUGUAACACAGACUUCUCACCUUCUUGGACAAAUAAGCCAGGCAAGGACUCAGAGCUGGUAACUGUGUGUGAAAAGUGUAGCACUGUUAAUGUGAAGAAAGAGCUUAAAGCAGAACACACUGCUCGUUUGAAGGCAGCAUUCUUGAAAGCUCUUAAGCAGGAACAAGAGAUUGAGCAAAAAAUUAAUGAUACCCCUCAAAUUGCACCUAAGCCUCAUCACCAAAGUCAGAAGUCUUCUCCUCAGCCUCCUCUAGCACCUGCACCCCCACGUCACCACAUUGCACAUCACCAACCUAUCAUGCAUCAUCAUCACCAACCAGUUCAACCAGCACUGUACCACCACCAUCAGCCUCACACCAACUCACUGUUAUUUCAACUGCAGCAACAGCACUUGCAGCAGCAACACCAGGAGUUGGAAGCCGCAGCGAGACAGCAAGCUGAUGUCAGAUGGCAUCCAUAUAUAAGUCAGCACCAUCACUCUGGAUCUCGCAACCCACAGCAUCAUCAUAGCUAUGUGUCAGACUCUGAUAGACAAUACUUGCUGGACAUGAUUCCUUCUUUGCCAACACCAACUCUUGGUUAUGGCUCUAGUAGAAUCUAG